AUGGCCGCCGCCGCCGCCUUUGCAGCGCCCCCGUGGCCUCCUCCCGGCUCCACUCGUGGCCGGCGGGUGCCACAGGGUCCGCAGCAGGCUGCCAGCAGGCCCGAGCGGUGGCUCGCGACGCGACUCGGCUGCGCCGCCUCCUCGCCGCCGAGUGCUGCGAGCGUCGAGCGAUGUGCUGUUGCGAGGCGCCGCUGGGCGGCGGCGCGCGGCUUCUCGCUGCUUCGGCGCGCCGCGCUGGCGCUCUGCGGCGGACGGUGCCGUUGGCUCGCCGUUGCCUCGCUCGUGGACGUCCCAUUGAAGCACGCGGUGCGGCGCCUCUCGGCGCUCGUCAUCGCGCGCAUGGCCGUGGCGCCGCGUCCAGGCGGCAAGCGCACCGUGCCAUGCCUGCGGCGGCAAGCGCACCGUGCCAUGCCUGCGGUGGCGCUGCCACCGACAGCGCCACCAACACUCACGUACCUGAGGAAACGCCGCCGCGUCGCGUGCGUGGCGCGGCUAUCACUAGCGGCCGGCGCUCGUCGGGUGAUGCCUCGCGGGAAGCAUCCGGACGCGCAGUUGCAAGGCCCAAGGCGCAACCUCUCCCCAGACGUGGAGGCUGUCGUUCGGCGCGGUACUCUCGUGGCCCAGACCCCAGACGGUUCGUGCCUCUUCAAUUCCUUCGCGUACUGCGAGCAGCAAGACGCUGGGUGGCUCUUUGGAGCGGCGACGCCCGCCAGCAUUCGGCGUCAAUGUGCCGAGUGGCUGCAGGAGCACGGCAACUAA